UUCUAUUGGUCGCCAGUGAGGGUGCCAUGUGUUGUUUGCUGAUCCUUGCCAAAUCUUUGCAUGUGUCCCGUCUUCGCGUGUGGAGAUCGCCUUCAGUUUAUUUUUGUGGUUCUGAGUAGCUAAGUAACAGUAUCCAUUGCAGUGUUUUUUGGCUUAAAUGUUUUAAUUAAUUAAGCUAUUCAUCAUGACAUUCAUAGGUCAGACUCUCCUGGUCAUUGUGCCAAGUAUGGGACCUACACCGUGAUUGAGGACCGCAUCAACAGGGUUUUGGAUCUUCAACUUGUCCAAGUAAAUUACCAUUAGUGGACACACAAAUCAGUUGUUCUCUUUUUGAUGUGGCACACUUUCUUAUAUGACUGAUUAAUGUUUUUUACAGAGCUCAGAGGUACCAAGCAGCAACUGGUGUGAGCUGGAGGGUUUGAAGCGAACCAUAGCAUUUCUCAAGGAGCAACACUUGCAAGUUUCAGCCCUUAUUACCGACAGAAAUCGCCAGGUUGCCAAGUGGGUGCGGGAGGAGUUGUGCCCUGAAGGAACAAGUCACUUCUUUGACAUCUGGCAUGUUGGUAAAAGCAUAGGAAAAGCGCUAGAUGCUGCUGCAAAGGAGAGGGGUUGUGAGGACCUUAAGCUGUGGAGGCCAUCGAUUGUCAACCACCUAUACUGGACUGCAGCUUCCACACCUAAUGGGGAUCCAAAUGUAAUGGAGGCCAAGUGGCAAAGCAUGGUGAACCAUGUUCAGGACAUCCAUGAACAUGACAGUCCUGGAUUUCCCUCCUGUGCACAUCUCCCUUUGGAGGGAGAAGCAAGGAACAAGCAGUGGCUGGAACCAGGAUCAACUGUAGCUAUUAAGUUGGAGAGUGUCACUACAAGAACAGCAUUGUUGAAGGAUGUUCGGCAGUUGUCCCCACAGCAUCAGACCUUUUCCCUGGAGGCCUUUCACUCGCUUAUCCUCCACUUUGCACCUAAGCACACUGGCUUCUCCUUCCUUGGGAUGUACAGCAGGCUUCUCUUGGCAGCCCUGCAUUACAACCACAAUGGAAGUCGAGAGGUUGCACGAACACAUGACGGCGAGGUUCAAUAUGGAGUUCGUUACCCAAGGUUCCGCAAAGGAGGCUGGGUCGUCCGCCCUGUCAAGGAGAAGCCAUCGUACGCUUAUGCAUCUGCCCUUAUGGAGUCUCUGAUUGAGGCCUACUCCAGGUCACCAAGGAGUCUACAAGAGAGCUCAGCUGACUUGUCCUCCUCUGCACCUGCCCCCCUUUCCACAUCCUUCCAGAUGAUCAGCAAGGAUGAGGCUGUUGGCUUGUAUCUUGCACGACACACACGUUUUAACACAGGAAAUUAGUGUUAAAACACUGUUAGGUAUUUUGUACACU